GAGCAUAUAAAAGGCUGACGGAAAAGAACUUGGCAGAAUCCAGAGUCUGAGAGAAGAAGACGACUGAGCAGGCAGCAGCUUAUAUCUUGCCAACCUCAGAAGCAGAAAGUGAGCGGUAUCGACAGCGACACAUAAAGAUGAAUACAUCUGCAGUUAAACUACAGGAGAGCUACAACCAGGAGGGCUUCCUAUCACCGCUUCAUGUGCUGGAUGACAAAGAGCUGAGGGAGGCAAGGGAGGCCUUCGCUAAGCUGGAGGAGGAAUUUGGCACAGAGUACACUCAGUACAGCCUCCACAACGUUCAUCUUCAGUACCACUGGGUGAUGAACCUGACCAAACACCCCCGUAUCCUGCAAGUGAUCCAGGCCAUCUUGGGUCCUGACGUCAUUCUUCUGGACUCCAGAUUUAUCUGUAAAUACCCAAUAGCCAAACCUGAUAAUGGCCAGGAGAAAGAAAAUAAUCAAAACAAACCUGAGGGAGAAAAUGGGCUCCCAUAUGUGGCCUGGCACCAGGACAUGAGGUACUGGGGUAUUGCUGGUGGACCUGUUCUUUCUGUGUGGCUUGCUCUUGAUGACUCACAAAAAGAAAAUGGAGCCCUCCAGGUCAUCCCCGGAAGCCACUGCUCUGGCAUGUUGCCCCAUCGCCAAGCAACCCGGCCAGGAAACUUGCUGUCAGUCAACCAAGAGAUCCCAGAGGAGCUGGUGCAAACAGACAAAGCUGUGCUUUGUCCUCUAAAAGCCGGACAGAUGUCGAUUCAUGAUGGACUUCUUGUUCAUGCAAGUGAUGGAAACACUUCCCAGAAGAGGCGCUGUGGUUUUGUGAUCCGUUAUGUUCCCACCCGUGCCUAUCCAACCGAGGAUCCUGAUCGACCCAGGAAAUUUCAAGCAACAGACUUGGCCUGUGGCGUGGACAAGUUCCACCAUUUCUCAAACAAAAGCAAAUGAAAGAUUACUGGAGACUUCACAACUGCGCAAACAUCUCUCCAGAGAAAUCAAAUGUUUAUUGUAAUUAAUUUAAAACACAAAUGUUGAUGGUAUCCAUAAACUCUUUGAUUUAGUUGUUUCAGCUAAAACAACUGACAUCCUGCUGUAUUUGACGAUUGCACUGUUCCCUAAUGAUUUAAAUAACCCCCCCCCAAAAA